GACAUCACUUUGUCUGGUUGAUGAUGGGCUUCAGCACCUAUUUCUCCGAGGUCGUUCGCUAUCGCCAUGCCUACUUUUUAGCAGCAUCUGCCUCUAUGGGUUCGAUCUUCUAUGGUUGGGAUAUUGGCCUUAUUGGCGGCAUCCUUGCAAUGGCAUCCUUCAAAUCGUACUUCGGUCUGGACAAGAUGUCGGCUUCUGAACAAGCGGAUCUGAAUGGCAACAUCGUUGCUAUCCUUCAGGGCGGCUGCUUUUUCGGCGCUUUGUUUACAGGCUGCUUCUCGGGGAAAUUUGGUCGCAAACCGACGCUAAUGGCGUCUGGCGUCAUCUACAUCGUCGGAAGCUUAAUCCAGUCAAUCGUCGGCAUUGGCAUGGACCAAGCUGCGGCUCUUCGCGUUCUCUACUUCAGUCGCUUCUUAGGUGGCAUUGGUGUAGGCAUGGUCUCAGCUCUCGUCCCUUCCUAUGUAUCGGAGUGUGUUCCGAAAUCAAUUCGAGGUCGCUGCACCGGUAUGGUUCAGCUUGCCAACAACAUUGGUAUCAUGCUGAGCUUCUGGGUCAAUUACUCUGCUAACAAGGACAUUCCUGUUGGACAUAUGCAAUGGCGCAUACCGUUCAUUGUGCAAAUGGUACCAGGUAUCAUUUUUAUCAUUGCCAUGGCAGUCCAACCCGAAUCUCCCCGUUUCCUCGUUGAGAAUGGGAAGUUAGACCAGGCUGCACGUUCCCUCGCCUCCGCAUCUGGGUGCUCACCUGAUGACGAUAGCGUUCGAGUCACUUUGGAAGAGAUCAAAGCUGACUUCGAAGGGAAGGAGCGGACACCGCUUUUUAAGCAGCUAAUCAUGAUGGGAGAGUCACGGACAACCGCUCUUCGAUGUUUCAUCCCUUCCCUGGUCAUGUUCUGGCAGCAAGCCACCGGCACCAACGCCAUCAACUACUUCUCUCCAACGAUAUUUGCUAACCUCGGCAUCUCAGGCACGACAUCCGGACUCCUUGCUACAGGUGUGUAUGGCGUUGUCAAGGUCAUAUCAGUUGCUCUUGUUCUUGCUUUCGCUGUAGAGGGCCUUGGACGAAAGAAGUGUUUGAUCAUUGGUGGGCUUGGUCAAGGCGCCAUGAUGCUCUGGAUUGGCGGUUUCUCUGGAGUCCAUCCAGAACCCACUCCCGUUCCCGCAUCCUAUGUCUCCAUCGUUGCCGUUUAUUUGUAUGCCGUAUUCUAUUGCGUUGGUUGGGGACCUUUGCCAUGGGUUGUAGCCGCAGAAGUCGCGCCAAACCAUGUCCGUACGGCCGCGCUUGCUGUUGCUAUUGGCGUCAACUGGCUAUUCGCCUUCACUGUUUCCAAGCUUACGCCAAUCAUGCUCAACAAAAUCACGUAUGGAACAUAUCUGAUUUACGGUAUCUUCUGUCUCAUGAUGGCCACAUGGACGUACUUUCUUCUACCUGAGACGAAAGGAUACGCGUUGGAAGAUAUCAAGUACCUAUUUGAGAAGGACAUGUCGAUCCGCGCGUUGCAGGAUGCACCUGGUGGACUCAUCUUCCUUGGUGGCAAGCGUGCAGCUCCUGUAGAAGAGCUCAAGGCUAUAGAGACGAGGCAGGAGUCUGAUGAUGACAGCGUGAAGGACAAGGAAGAUUCACAGUCGAACAUUUGAGAUCAUCACUGAUCUGGAGGACGUCAAGAGGUAUCAUGCAUCAUCAUCAUCAUCUAUGUAGGGAAUUACGAGCAGCUUUAACUACAACACACUACCAUUGUCCUACCAAAUCGAAAAUUUACUCCAGUGGCGCCAAUGCAAAUGCAUAAAAUACUAAAGAGCUCGUGACUCCAAUGUACUGUAUAGAAAUCAUGGUCUUCAAGGUCAUCUAUUUCAGAGGAGUCAGC